GAGAGGAAGUAGACUAGCAGGGAUCUCGGUUUUGUUGCAUGAGAAUUCUCCACCUUGCUGUUGGAGUCUAGAGAGACGUAUACACAGCGGACUCGGUGAAGAGGGAGUUGAACAGUUUUUCUCACGGAUUAAGGAACUGUUAUCACAAAAGGCCCUCAUAUCCACGCCGGAGGAUAUGCAUAUACACGACCCUUUGCAUCGGAAUGGAUGUUACUGCAAAUGUUAAACCAUCAACUUAAACGAAGACUUCUCCUGGACCCGAAUGCGGAUGCUUGGGGCUAAAGGAAAGUGUCUUGUUUUUCCGAGGAAGAAAAUCAACAUUGUCGCGACUGGAUAUUUAUUGAAGAAACUGUUGAAUGGCGAGUGUGCUGCUCUGGCGAGUGUACAAGUAACCUCCAGUCACCAAAUUUGCCUAUGUUGAUGGUUUCGCCUACGCGGGUAGCUGAGCAGUUCGCACGCUUGAGCCGCACUCAUCGUUUUGGGCAGCACACUUCAAAAUGAAGUUCCGCAACAGCUAGCUACCUGGUUAGCUUGGUGUUUCCAUAAACUUAUCUGUAAAGUAGCUGACUACGCUAACAACAUCGAAGUUUCACAGUUGGCUGCCAAAGCCGCUGUGGCGCUUCGGGCUGAACUGUGACUAACCAGGAAGAGAGACAACGAUGUACCCCCUUUGCUGAGGAUCUCGUGCUUAUCUACCGAGCUGGUUCUCGAGCCAGCGUUUGCUUAUUUCCUUUUCAAACGCCCCCUCCCCCUCCACCGUUAUACACAAACGGUAGUUAGCUCUUACACGCUAGCUUUCUUAAAGACGAGGAAUUUAACAACUAACUCAAAUAUUCGCUAUAUGGACGUUUAACACAUACGUUUGACAUUAAGUGAUGCGUGAAUGGUGUGCCUAUUGUUAAAACAGGUUUGCUGUUAGGCGUUCACUUCCAUCAACACGUUUGUCUAGCCAAGUUAGCAUAGUAUUAUACCAGCCGCAAGCCUGCCAAGCAGCCAAAUCGCUAGCUUUAUCGCUUGUUAGCAAGCCUGCUAAUGUUAGUUGGCUAACUUGCUCAUUGCAAGUUGGGGAACGAGCAGCAACCGCGACACCCUCUCCGUUUGUCAACCCAAGAAAAUGGAGAAGCCGUAACUUGACAUUGUCGAUGCUGUCAUUUUCGGUAUUUUCAAACGGUCGUUGCCAUUUGAUAAUCAGUUUGAUGUAAAUACUUACAUCCGCUGCAGUUUACUCUUAUGCUUGUUAUUAUGUACAGUUAUUUAUCCCUCAAGUUAGAUAAUUAACCAGUUUAUGUCGCGACGUUUGUCAUUAUUUAUGUCGUUUAGUUGGACAUACAGGAAGCAGCAUCGGAGGUGAUGAACAUACAGUAGGGCGAGACAGAAUAGUUGAUUUUUUUUCCUCUUCUGUAACAGAAUGCCUAUUUUAAUUUAACCAGCGAUUUUAUCUCUUGAAAUGAAGCAACAUAUUGGCGCAUGAGUCGUCCAUUUUUCGAGUGUGAAACCAAGCGAGCUGGCUUGCUCACGUUUUAAUGUUUGUGGCGUCGCGUUUUAUUUAGCUGAUUUGGCUGUAUGUGUUUACUGACGUUUGGAUGCAUUUGCUACCGGUGUCUUUAGUGUGUUGAUCUCGUAUGGAUUUCUUGGUUGCAAGGGCGAUAACAUAAUCAAGGCGAGCUGUUUAUGAAUUGCCUGACUUAACCAACCUUGCGCACCGCAGUGUUUGUGAAAUUGAGUUAGAUUAUUUCGCUCGUGGUGUGUUUGUUGCCUUGUGUUUGGCCAAUCUUUUAUGUAAUUAGUUUGCAACCGUGUACGUUUAUAACCGUGGAGCUUUUUGAAGAGGAGACGAGGGGCAUUUUUAUUAGCUGUAUCAAACCUGCAGCGUUCUCAUCCUUUCGGAUUGGCUUGUCUGUUAUGGCUAUGCAACGUUGCCGUUUGCGUUUGCAGUAGCAACAGCGUCAAGCUUGGUUUACACAACCUAUAUGCGAGUUCAUCUUGGUUAGAUUUUAAGCCAUCGAUUCUUCUCCAGAAAACACCAGCGAUGGCUCACAAUGGCUGAUUUUUGAAAGCCAGGAGAUCGUUGAAGAAGACAUCUAAAAGGCUCAAUUGGAUACUUGGCCCGAGCCCUGUGACUAGCCGAUACUGGUCACGGUUGGACUUUGCAGUUGGGUCCGUUUGAAUCACAUUCACAUCUGUGUGUGUCCACGACUGCCUCUGGUUCUGUAUCGAUUCCGUCGACCCAGGACUGAAGAUGGCGGACCUAGAAGCAGUUCUCGCCGAUGUCAGCUAUCUGAUGGCGAUGGAGAAGAGUAAAUCUACUCCAGCUGCCCGGGCGAGUAAGAAAAUCAUCCUCCCUGAACCCAGUAUUCGCAGUGUGAUGCAGAAAUACCUGGAGGAGCGGGAUGACCUGACCUUCGACAAAAUAUUCAACCAGAAAAUCGGUUUCUUACUCUUCAAGGAUUUUUGCACAACAGAGAUAGAUGAGGCCGUGCCGCAGCUAAAGUUCUACGAGGAGAUUAAGGAGUACGAGAAGCUGGACUCUGAGGAGGAGAGACUCACGCGCAGCCGGCAGAUCUACGACGGAUACAUCAUGAAGGAGCUCCUCUCCUGCUCACACCCCUUCUCCAAGAAAGCUGUAGAACAUGUCCAAACCCACCUGGCCAAAAAGCAGGUGCCACCAACUCUUUUCCAGCCGUACAUCCUGGAGAUCUGCGACAGCCUCCGAGGAAAAAUCUUUCAGAAAUACAUAGAAAGUGACAAGUUCACUCGCUUCUGCCAGUGGAAGAAUGUGGAGCUUAACAUCCACUUGACGAUGAAUGACUUCAGUGUGCACCGCAUCAUUGGGCGAGGUGGAUUUGGAGAGGUGUAUGGCUGCAGGAAGGCAGACACGGGCAAAAUGUAUGCAAUGAAGUGUUUGGAUAAGAAGAGGAUCAAGAUGAAGCAGGGGGAGACACUGGCGCUGAACGAAAGGAUUAUGUUGUCGCUAGUCAGCACAGGGGACUGCCCGUUUAUUGUGUGUAUGACGUAUGCCUUCCAUACCCCAGAUAAGCUCUGUUUCAUCCUGGACUUGAUGAAUGGCGGGGACCUGCACUAUCACCUGUCGCAGCACGGUGUGUUCAGUGAGAAGGAGAUGCGCUUCUACGCCGCCGAGAUCAUCCUGGGCCUCGAGCACAUGCACAACCGCUUCGUAGUCUACAGAGACCUCAAGCCUGCCAACAUCCUCCUAGAUGAGCAUGGUCACGUGCGCAUCUCUGAUUUGGGUCUGGCGUGUGAUUUCUCCAAGAAGAAGCCCCAUGCCAGUGUAGGUACGCAUGGCUACAUGGCCCCGGAGGUGCUGCAGAAGGGUACGGCGUACGACAGCAGUGCUGACUGGUUCUCCCUGGGCUGCAUGCUCUUCAAACUCCUCAGAGGGCACAGUCCAUUCCGGCAGCACAAAACCAAAGACAAACACGAGAUUGACCGCAUGACGCUAACAAUGAAUGUGGAGCUGCCCGACUCGUUCUCAGUGGAGCUGAAGUCUCUGCUGGACGGUCUGCUUCAGAGGGACGUGGCCAAGAGGCUGGGCUGCCAAGGCAGAGGGGCCUCGGAGGUGAAGGAGCACCUGUUCUUCAAAGACAUCGACUGGCAGCAAGUGUACCUGCAGAAGUAUUAUCCUCCUCUGAUUCCCCCAAGAGGAGAGGUCAACGCGGCCGAUGCCUUCGAUAUCGGCUCCUUUGAUGAGGAGGACACCAAGGGCAUCAAGUUGUUGGAUAGUGACCAGGAGCUGUAUAAGAACUUCCCGCUGGUCAUCUCGGAGCGUUGGCAGCAGGAGGUGGCAGAGACGGUGUACGAGGCUGUCAACAGCGACACCGACAAGAUCGAGACACGCAAGCGCGCCAAGAACAAGCAGCAGGGACACGAGGAGGACUAUGCGCUGGGCAAGGACUGCAUCAUGCACGGCUACAUGCUGAAGCUGGGCAACCCCUUCCUGACCCAGUGGCAGCGGCGCUACUUCUACCUCUUCCCCAACCGCCUGGAGUGGAGAGGAGAGGGGGAGUCCCGGCAAAACCUGCUGACGAUGGAGCAGAUCGUGACGGUGGAGGAGACUCAGAUCAAGGACAAGAAGUGCAUCCUGCUCAGGAUCAAAGGAGGCAAGCAGUUCGUCCUGCAGUGCGAGAGCGACCCGGAGUUUGUGCAGUGGAAGAAGGAGCUGACGGAGGCCUUCACAGAGGCCCAGAAGCUGCUGCGUCGGGCCCCCAAGGUGAUCGGCAAGGGCCGCAGCGGCGGAGGGGUGGGGGGCGGGGUGGAGCUCUCCUCCAAACCCCCCCUCACGCACCGCAACAGCAACGGCCUGUGAAGUUGAACGAACCACACAACCAGACAACCGACAACCACCAACACACACACACUCACACACUCUCAAUCUCAAUCUCUCAUAUAGAACACACACAUUUACACACUUUAGUACCUACAUUUGCAAACACACACACACACGCUCAUAACUACGCAUACGUUCAAGACCACACGACUCGCACAUGGAGAGAUGCAAGAGGCGUACUAGAAAUCACACACACACACACACGCACACACAAGUGAACAUGACUUCUAAACACACACACACACGCACACAUACGUCUACUCAUACAAAUACACACACUCACACACACACACAUGCACUGCUCUAAUAUACCCUGCUGUGAUCUCACCCACAGGAUAAAAGACCUCACUUACACACACACACACAGACGAAGGCACACUUGCAAACACACACACACACACACACACACACACACACACACACACACACA